AUGGCCAGUAGAGUGCUUUUCACUGAUGCAGAGGACAGAUUAUUAGCUCUAGGAAUUCUGGAAUAUAACAAUGACUGGGCAGCAAUACAAAAGCGCUUUCUUCCUUGUAAAUCAAAGCAUCAGAUAUUUGUGAGACAAAAGAAUCGUAGCUCCUCCAAAGCUCCUGAUAAUCCAAUUAAGGAUGUGCGCCAUAUGAAGACAUCUCCAUUGACAGUCGAGGAGAAACAAUGUAUCCAGGAGGCUGAUAACAAUGCUUCUGAAGAUGUUGAAAAUGAUGAUGAUUCAUAUGUCAAUGAAGCAUUUUUGGAAGACACAGAUAGUAGGAGCAUGAACUUGAUGCCUUGUCAGCUGUCCUUAUCAAAACAUGCUGGAAAAAGCAUGAUGAUGCAGUCAGGCACAGGUGUCAAUGAAGAAUGUGGUGCUACAUGUGGUUACAUUGAACCGCAGAAAGGAAGUGGUGCGAAACUUGAUGUAACCACCUCAUAUAUACCUUUUAUGUACUGCCCCUCUGAUGGCCCAUCAUAUGUGAGAACACCUUCCACUGCAGCUCCAGUGGUAUCAUGUGGAUCUCUGGACCAACUGCCGGCUUCCAAAUUGAGUAAAGAGAAAGGUGGUUGUGUGGUCAAGUUGGCUCCAGACUUGCCUCCUGUGAACCUUCCACCUUCUGUCCGUGUCCUAUCUCAGCUAAAUCUGUUCCCUGAUCACAGAGCUAAUUCUAGAUUGCAGCAGAAUGAGAUCUCUAAUGAUAAUGCUACGGAGGAUGGUGCUGAGCAAGAUUUGCAGAUGCAUCCUUUACUGUUUCAGUAUUCUCGAGAUGUGGUUUCGUCAUAUAGUCACCUGGUUCAAAAUCUUAUUAAUCAGUCAAGAAAAUAUGAUCUUUUCCCCUUAGAGAAAGUUCGAAUUGAGAGAAGUAACAGCCAGACUACAGGUUCCACCGAAAAUGGUACUGUAAAUGCUAACACUAUCGACUUCCAUCCUCUCUUGCAAAGAAUGGAAGUUGAUGUGCAUAAUGAAGUAGCAGAAUAUGAUAGUAACCUUGAUUACCAUAAAUACAGGCAGUUACAGCCUGCCGAACAGGCUCCUGAUAAUAACAUGAGCAAAGUCCCAGUAGAUGACCAGUCAACAGCUGGGCAAGCAUCCACAAGCCCUUCUGAGAGGGAGACAAGUAUUGACUUGAACAUUCAUUUAUGUUCUCCAACGGCCAUAAAAGAUUCAAAUGACUUCAGAAGUAGUUUUAGCAGAUCAAAUGUUCAAGAUGAAGUUUCUAGGAAGGACAAAUCAAGUGUUCCAGACCUCGAGGUUGUAAAUUCCCAUUUUCAUCAUUGCAUUCAAGAACCUAAUGAAGAAUCAAUGCAAGGAAUUGUAAUGGAGCAAGAAGAAUUAAGUGAUUCCGAGGAAGAUAGCCAGCAUGUUGAGUUUGAAUGUGAGGAAAUGGAUGAUUCCGAAGAGGAGCAAGUUCAGGGUCCAGAAGCCUCUCCAAUUCAAAAUAAGGGUAUCUCAGCAUCAGUUGUUUUUGGGGAAUUUUAUGUUAGUAGUGACCAGAGUCAAAUCCAGCAAGGAUCUGUUCAAAAGGAUAAACAGGGUGCAAGCUCGAUGCAGAAAAUGCAAGUUCCUUCUCGGUUAGUUGCUGUAUAUGCGUUCAUCGUGUGUACUGUGAAUAGAGAAAUGUAUCCAGGCCUGAUACCUUGA